AGGAAAGCAAUUGAAAGAUUUUCACAAGAAGUUAAAAGAUUAUGCCAUACUGAAAAACGCAAAGACUUUGUUUCCGAAGCCUACCUCCUAACACUGGGAAAGUUCAUCAAUAUGUUUGCAGUGCUAGAUGAGUUGAAGAAUAUGAAAUCAAGCGUUAAAAACGAUUACUCAACCUAUCGCAGGGCAGCACAGUUUUUGAAAGUUAUGUCUGACUCUCAGGCGUUACAAGAAUCACAAAAUUUAUCGAUGUUUCUAGCCACCCAGAAUAAAAUUAGAGAUACAGUUAAGGAAAAUUUAGAAAAAAUAACUGGCUAUGAGGAAUUAUUAGCUGAUGUGGUUAAUAUUUGUGUUCACAUGUUUGAGACAAAAAUGUAUUUAACACCGAGUGAGAAACAUAUGCUCGUUAAAGUAAUGGGGUUUGGUUUAUUUUUGAUGGAUAGUGAACUGUGUAAUAUUAAUAAGCUCGAUACUAAGAAGAAAUUAAGACUGGAUAAAAUAGACAGGAUAUUUAAA